AUUGUGUCGUGGUUGCUGAAAUAAUUGAAGCGAUUGCAGACUAGGUUUUUGUAACCUCCACCAACUGCCUACAAACUCUUCGAGAUAUUUCCGUGGAAUGUCUUAGUUUUUCGUUUUAAGGGCAACAGACCAGUUGAGAAAGGAUGAUUUGAAAAAGAAGCCUUCUUUUAAGAAUCCAUUAUAAGCUGGAUCCCGCAGAGGUUUUGUAUUCACUUUUGAAGGCACUGUAAGCAGGUACAGCGCUUCGACAAGCACUGAAUAAAGCAUUAUGACUUCUCAACAAGUUGUAACAAACGCUGUACGUAAAACAACCUUAAUUUCCCGCCAUGGCUUGGCCUUGCGAGUAACGGAUAACGCAGUGAAUGGUAGUGAAAGUGUAACAGGCGAUGCUUAUAGUAAGUACAUAUUAAUUUGUCUUACAAGCAAACAAACAUUGAGAUCAAUUAUGGACGGAAUUAGCCCUCGGGCCGGGUUGUUUUGCAGUGACCGGCAGAAAUUUUUCACAACAGGCCGUCUCAAUCUUGUUGCUUUUUGAUACAUUUAAUUCAAACAAGAGCACUGACUUUUAAAUCUUCUUAGGACUGAUAGCAGCACGAAAUCUCACGCCAGCUUUAUUUUUUGGUGAAAAUUGUCUAACACUGUUUGCUAAACAAAAAUAUAUCAUAAUCAACACAAAAACUUUCAACACAGGGGGUAGCCACUCAAAGGACAACGCCUAUUCAAGGCAUUCCUAUUCAAUUUUUAUAAUUUUGGUAAGGUGGUUCAGUUGAAUUUUAAGGGGCAAUACUUAUUUAACCACAUCACUAUCAACAAAAAUAGUGAAAAACGGUAGCAAAUGGUCACCAAAGCUGUAUAAGAAGAAGAUGAAAAUUUGCUAUGAUUUGUGUUAAAUUAACAGUUGCCAUAGCAACAUAAUGACAUUCUUACCAAUUUAACUUGCAGUCUAAAUUCUUGACACUGUGACGUUUUUAUCAAAAUCAUUCGCGAGAACUUGUAACUCCAAUAGCCGCCUCGAUGUUCGCAAAGUAUCAGCAUAUUCAUCAGAGAGUUAUCAAGAAAUUUUGGAAUGAAUUUUCAAGGAUCGGGCAUACUGUAAAAUUGCCUUCUAUCUGGAGAAAACGCAGCGUGUAGUGGCUUCAUUCUGUUUGAACACGUGUGGGGAGUAGCAUGUGAUGAGUGUGGGCGUUUAUGCCCAUUGAGCGGGUUAUCUGCAAUAAUCUGGCACGUAAUAAAAGGAUGUUUCCAAAAAAAAUAAUGAUUAAAAGACAAUUCCUCAAUUUUAGCCAUACUUGAAAUGAUGUCAGUUGCUCCAGGUGAAAUUGUUUUACGUGGAGAGUCAGCUAACAGAUACAUUGGAAUGGAUAACAAUGGAAACCUGAUAGCUUACGUAAGUAACCAACUGGCGCCAGUUGCAUAUCCACUAUCCAGCAGAUAAGUAUUAGGGAAACGAAUAGCGCUGUCCACUGGAUAGAGAUUUGUCCACUGGAUAGUGUCAUCCACCUUUCCAACAACCCAGCCCUGUUCGUUACUAGGAAUGGCUAGCCCCCGUACCUGGCGGCGGGGUGGUCUGGUCACCUCGCCACCAAACCAUCUCGCCACCAAGAAUAGAGGACUUAGCUUUAUUAUCUUAAAAGUCAUCCCCCAGUAAUACACAACAAAGGAAGACCUUUCAUGACAAGAAAUUUUCUCUUAACCGUUCCUUAAUCGUAUUUCAGAGAAAUGAUUGAUGGUGGUAAAACUUUUCUGCCAGUUUUGAAGUGAUUUGUAUGGAGGGUAAAUGUCGAACUUUACAUUAACCGAAAAAGUCUAGCAAGACUGCAUGUAACAGAAGUGGCAAAAUAUAGGCAAAAAUAUUGGCACUAGGCCCUGAACACCAAGAUUAGGAAAUAAAAGAAAUUAUAUUGGGUUGAUGAAAUGUCAUAUGUUAGACACUAAAGACAGUAUUUUGGUGACAUCUUUUAACUACCUCUCACAUGAACCUGCUGGCCAGAAUGGUUCAUUUCAUACAUGAUUUAGGAAAAUCAGGUCAUGUGGCACUUUUUGCUUGUUGAUAUCUUUUCAAUGGUCAUAAAAUUAGCUCGUGUCUGGCCGUGGAAAAUCUAAAUAAGGCGAGCUAAACGUAAUUAUACAGGUGCUUCAGUUGAUUUUAUUUUCAAUAAACCAUUCGUACUACAUUUAUAGUUUUUUUAGUAUUAUUAUGGUGAAUUCACAAUGUACAUGGCCACUUAAGUUCAACCCUGAUGAAGUAAUUGGUAUGAAAUAAAUUGCUGUUUUUGAAUGGAAAUAUUUCAGUGACUUUUACUUAGAGGACUGUUAGAAGCGUCAACAUUACAGAAAAAAAGCUGUUAUCUUUCGUUCAUGGGGGGAGGGGGGGUGUAAUCCCUUUAAUGACCUAUACAGAGACGGGUGUGCCCAAAAGGGGUACCUUUUUUCAGGCUUCAAGUAUAUGAAAAGGUAGGGAUUUCACUAGUUGAAGUAUAUGGAAAGAUAGGGAAAUCGGUCAUUUGGGUCGGUAAAAGUAUCUUAAAGGGCUAACAAAAUGUGAUUUUACAGCUGUGAAAAAGUUGAGAAAAUCACCAGGUUUUCUGAUUAUUCAUAUGUGCAUUUACAGUCAGGUAAAAUGGAUGCUAAGUUCUAAACUAGGUAUGUUAAGGUGAUACCAUUUGUAAAAGGAAGGUAUAUGAAAGAGGUACAUUUUCUGUCAGAAAUGGCUUAUAAAAGAGUAAGGGUUCAUGGACCUCUGGGCAAAGCCUCCCUGUAUAAAACUCAGUUCACUGCCCCUGGGGUUUGUGCAAAAGAAUGCAUGAGCCUUGACUUCACGUAUCAGUGCUUGAGACAUAGAUCACUAUAAUAAUGGCUAAUGACAAUUUUUCUCAUCUAUCUGUGUCUACCAGAAUUCUCUGAUGGAGGACUGUGUGUUUAAAGAACAUCUACACAACAAUGGCUACAUGUCAUUUGAAUCCAGGCUCCAUACCGGGUGGUAUCUGGCACUGAGAAAUGAUGGCAGAGCAAAGCCUGGGCCUAAAACUGCUCCAGGUCAGAGAGCAGUGGAAUUUUUACCAGGAAAAAUUUGAUAAUCCGUUGCUAUGGUUACAGAAUACUAUGCCAUAUCUUGUGGUCAUUGUCAUUAAAACCUUCCUAGAAAAACAUUAUGGUACCAUAUUAGCAAAAAUAUGUUUUAUAAAAAAAUUUAAAAAAACUUUGAAAGUUUGAAAUUUUUCAAGGCCAGUAACAAAAUCAAUAAUUACAAAGAAAUUUAGAGCUUAUGUUAAAGAAUGACGAAAUGUUAUGAGGCCUAGGCAAAAAAUAGUAGGAAUAUGCAAAUGUUUUGUAGAAGAACCUUAGCAAAAUCGCAAAAACCUGAGAAAACUUACAAGAAUCACAAAAUUUCGUAAGGUGAUGGGUGUUAAUAAAUGGUUUAUGAAAGGCCCUUGACUAAACUGUGAGAACUGCAACACUCUGCAAGACUGACAUUAAAAACCGCACAAGAAGUUCAAAUGGAUUCGUGAAAGGCUCUCAUAAACUCUGCUAAACUCAUGAAAAUUAUGGAAAUUAUUAACCCUCAUGAAUUAUCGAAUCCCAGUAUUUUGUAGGGCCAAUUAAGGCUCAUGAGCCAGUCAGGUAGCUUUAGUGAAUUAUCAACUUCAUAACAAUGCAGGCUACCUGACCAAUAGUGAAGUAUCCCCCGAAAAGACUUCACAUUUCCUCUUUGAAGAACCCCUCACCCCCACUUCCCUCGGAGUUCAAAAAUGGCAGCUGUGGUUGGUGUGGUAGGGAUGUUUUCUGGAAACAUACAGUCUCAUGUUAU